AAAAAAUUAGCCCGAUGAAAAUCAGAAUGAGAAUGUGUUGUUGGCACUGGAUGUCGGCAGUGGACGAAAUUUGUAAAUAUUAAAACUGUGUACUCCUGAGGAUCAAAUUCAGCGUUAAGUAGAUAAGUAGUUUACAAGUGAAUUUAUGUUUUAGAAGCGAUUUAUUUGUAAUUUUGAAACUUAUGUUCAGUGUUAUUGGGAAAUUGAUGAAAGUGGUCUUGUUACUUCUAUAGAUAGUGGUGUGCGUUGCAUAGAGGGACUCAAUCAAGAUGAAAAGGAUUGAUUCCAGAUUCAGGCUAAAUGUCUGUGCAUUAAUUUUAAUAAUUUCAAAUAUUCAAUUGUCUCAAUCAUUUUAUUUACCAGGAUUGGCUCCUGUAAAUUAUUGUAAAGUUGGGGAAUCAUCACAAACGUGCAAAUCUGAUGUUGUCCUUUAUGUCAAUCGACUGAACACAGAAGAGUCAGUAAUACCUUAUGAAUAUCACCAUUUCGACUUCUGUGUGACCGACGAAAGUCAUUCCCCAGCAGAAAAUCUUGGUCAGGUCGUGUUUGGUGAGAGAAUCAGACCAUCUCCUUAUAAGUUGUCAUUUCUAAAGAAUGAAUCUUGCAAGUUCCUGUGCUCAAGGACUUACAAGUACGGCGACAGCGACGUUGAUGCAAAGAUGAAUCUUUUGAAGAAAGGCAUGCUUCUGAACUACCAGCACCAUUGGAUUGUGGAUAAUAUGCCUGUGACAUGGUGUUAUCAUCUGGAGGAUGGCAGGCAGUACUGUAGUACAGGGUUUCCCAUGGGAUGCUAUGUACGGGACCACCGUAACCCGGAGGACAUCUGCAUGAUCAGUAAAAUGUACAAUCAGCCAAACACGUACUACAUCUUCAACCAUGUGGACCUGGUGAUCACUUACCACAGCGGUGAGGGGGAGGAGUGGGGCAGCUCGUUCCGUAGCAACGGAGGCCGCAUCGUCUCCGUGAAAGUUACACCUCGCAGUAUCAAACACCCUGAUCCUGACCAUCUCAGCUGUAACCCUCAUGACACCCUCACUCCGAUGGCUAUUCCUGACCGCAAGCUCAAGGAGGGCGAGACCAUUGAAAUCACUUACUCUUACAGCAUCACAUUCGAGAAAAACAACACAGUGAAGUGGUCGUCACGGUGGGAUUAUAUCCUGGAGUCCAUGCCACACACAAACAUACACUGGUUCAGCAUCCUAAACUCCCUGAUGAUCGUUCUAUUCCUGUCUGGCAUGGUGGCUAUGAUCAUUCUGCGCACACUGCACAAGGACAUUGCCCGCUACAACCAGAUUGACUCCGGUGAAGAUGUUCAAGAAGAGUUUGGAUGGAAGUUGGUUCACGGAGAUGUGUUCAGGCCUCCUCGUAAAGGAAUGCUUCUCUCUGUCUUUCUGGGCUCUGGGGUCCAGGUGUUCUUUAUGACUCUCGUCACAUUAGUAUUUGCUUGCCUCGGUUUUCUGUCACCGGCCAACCGUGGAGCUCUGAUGACUUGUGCCAUGAUACUCUACGUAUGCCUUGGGACCCCGGCCGGCUUUGUGUCUGCCAGAGUGUACAAGAGUUUUGGAGGGGAGAAGUGGAAAUCAAAUGUCCUGCUCACAUCUAUGCUCACACCCGGAAUUGUGUUCAUGCUGUUCUUUGUGAUGAACCUGGUGCUGUGGGGUAAGGACAGCUCGGCCGCUGUCCCCUUCUCCACUCUCAUCGCUCUCUUGUCCCUCUGGUUCUGUGUCUCCGUCCCUCUCACAUUCAUCGGCUCCUUCUUCGGCUUCAGGAAGCGGGCUAUCGAGCAUCCAGUACGAACGAACCAGAUCCCUCGUCAGAUCCCCGACCAGAGCGUCUACACACAACCCAUCCCUGGCAUCAUCAUGGGUGGAGUGUUACCCUUCGGCUGUAUCUUCAUCCAACUCUUCUUCAUACUUAACUCCUUAUGGUCUAACCAAAUGUAUUACAUGUUUGGCUUCCUAUUCCUUGUGUUCGUCAUCUUGGUGAUAACAUGUUCGGAGACAACCAUUCUACUCUGUUACUUCCACUUGUGUGCUGAGGACUACCAUUGGUGGUGGAGGAGUUUCCUGACCAGUGGGUUCACUGCAGUGUAUCUCUUCCUGUACUGCAUCCACUACUUCGUCACCAAGCUGAACAUUGAAGACGCUGCUUCCACUUUCCUCUACUUCGGAUACACAUUCAUCAUGGUCUUUCUGUUUUUCCUUUUAACAGGUACAAUUGGAUUUUUUGCUUGCUUCUGGUUUGUGCGCAAGAUCUACAGUGUGGUGAAGGUGGAUUAAAAAGGCUGACCAAAGUGCCUAACUUAGGAAAUAUUUGUAAUAACAUUCUUGGAACUUUCUCUGUACAUAUUCCUGUAAAGAUGAAAUCACAACUUUUGUAAGGUAUGGCUGUAAAUAUUUGGCUACCAACGAAUCAGUAUCCACAUUUGUUACUGAACCGUAGCUAUUGUGUCGUGUAGUCUUCUACAGUUCACUAUUCCAAAUAGUUUAUUUCUCAAUAAAGCGAUAAUAGAAAAAUUGUACGAAAACAUUGAUUGCGUGGUUUAUUUGUACGUUUCAUAAUAUUUAUAAUACUGACUUCUUAUAAACGUUUUAUAUUUAAAGUUUAGAAAAAGUAUUAUAUUUAAAAUAGCAAUUAAUAAUAAUAAAUAGGAAUUUCAGUUGUAGUUAAAAUUUCAUUUAAUUUUUUAACUGUAAAAGUGUACUUCGUAUUAUUUAUUUAUUGUUAAUUGUAUGUUGCUUAAAACAUAUAUGAACACAGCACACAAUGUUAUUGUCACAUCAACCAAAAUUUCUUUUCUUGCUGAUUUGUUAAAUUCGAUAAAAUUGGAUAAAUAAUAAAAUGAUUAAAGUGUUGAUUAGAUCCAUUCAGAAGAUACAGUUCAUAAUAAAUUGAUUUUAGGAAAUGGCACUAAUCUAUAUAUUAACUGUCACGACUGAGUUUAUAUCAUUACACUAAUGAGGGUUUAUAGUGUGCCUGGCACCGAUUUAUAUGGCCGAAAUUUGGGAUACAUUUUUUCAUUGUUUAAAAGAAUUUGAGAAACUGAUAAAACAUUCUCCUAAUUAUUAACUUCCAAAUGGUGAACUACUGCAUUCUAACAGAAGAGUGCCAAUGAUGUACGACGCCUUAGUUCCCAAUCCUUAUCAGCACAAUGCUCCCUACGAAGUUAAGAUCGAUUACACAACAUAGCAGUAUUUAUUUUUACCUCCGGAUGUGUGUCAUGAAUAUAUCUAUUUACAUACAUACAAGAUUAAUGUGAUAUCCUCUGUCUCUACCACUACACACUGGUAAACAUUGAUUUUUCUUGUUGGCUCAGAAAAGUUAAGAGCAAGAUCAUUGAAUGAACACAUUUCCGUUUAUAAACUACAGAACUACAAGAAAGUUCCCUUACUCACAUGCAGGGACAUCUUUUGCAGACAAAUUUCUGGGGGCUAUUUCCGGAAAUAAGGUUAAUACACUGUCGCAUUCUGUAGAAGUUAAAUCACUGUUAAGUUUGAAUUUGAUAAAAUAAUGACUGCGCUAUUUUGUGUAAUUUGGAGUUCCUGUAUACCUCCUAACAACAUCAGUAUUGUUCUAGAACAUCGUGUAGUCAGGUACAUUUUUGGUUUCAUCAGUUGUUCACGUAAAAUCUGUUAGUUCUAUUUUAUUAAUUCAACAUUAUUAUCAAAUUUAAGUAACAAAAGCAAAAAUAAAAAGGUGUUACAUCAGGGACAUGAUCUGAGGUCGGAAAGUACCGAUCAGAUAUGCCCCUGGCUGUUGUGUUACGUGAAGACACAUCUGAAGGGUGGGGUAAACUGUGUGGCGGAUGGUCGGGAGGAAAGUACCUGAGCUAUUGUAUUGCGUAAUGACUUACCUCCAAGCAGCUCCAAGUUUUCAUUUCCUGGUAAUGUAACCCCUACCCUAAACUGUUCCAUUGACCUUUGUGCACUUACUUUGCAAAUAUUUAUAUGUACGCUUUAUUCACAUUAUCAGUUGAUGUGUGGGGGGGGACUGCAGCCCCAUGCUCACCUGAGCUUUACCUCCUCAGUUUCAAAUACUUCAUGACACACUUCAGGACAUUGGGAAAUAGAAACUCAGUAUUGAAAUAUAUAUUCUCUUUUUGAUACGUAAACAUUAUUUAAAUGUGUUUGUGAUAGAUUUAUACAUGCUAACAGUAUCAUUUUCUGUAAAUCUAACUUGAGAGAAUGUAAUAUCGGUGGGUAAUUGUGUCAAUGGCACUAACUUAAAAACAUAAAAAAUUAAUUUUACUUAUACAUACAUGUUUUAAUCUUUCUACUAUUUAAACUUUUAUUUUGAGAGAUGUACCUACAUUUUAGUGACAAGUGUUUUCCACCACAGUACUACAUUGCUUUUCACUAAAUUUUGGUGAGCGAGUCUUGAUUUGUAUGCAGUCAAAGCCAUUUUAGUAGUAUUAAUAUAAUUUGUAUUGUUUAGCAAUUAAAAGAUAUAUAGGGGGUACAUUUGUAAACAAAGGUAUUUCAAUUGUGUCACUAAAUGCCAUGUAGUACUCGAUGAUAUGUAUACAGAGUACAAACCCUAAUACACUAUUCACAUUAUUUAUUUGUGUUUUUAUCUCGUAAAGUAGCAAUUUUAUGUAAUUCUUCAGUUUUUUUUAUUGAAAAAAUUUGAUAAAUUAAUGUUAAAAUACAGUUGUGCAUUGUUUAGUAGGAUUAAAUUUAGUCACUUGUAUGUGCAAAUCAUUUGAUUUAUAUAGAAUAAUAUUACUUAUAGAUUUAAACUUGGCUUCUGUGUGACUGGAAGUUGUGUGAUAAUAGUUACACGAUUAUGUAACUGAUUUUGUAAAAACAAAACAAAUAUACAUUUUACAAUAAU